AUGGAUGAAGCCAACUUUUUGGAAGAUACAACUUCUAAGCAACAGAAGGAUUUGCCUUAUGAUGGAGAUUUAUCCCAAAUUAAGCUAUACAAUGAGUACACUUUGACCUCAAAAUAUGACCUUCUUGAUGUCUCAAAUCAAAUGAAUUUAAUAGUAGAUGACCCUCAAGAAAAGGCUACACAUAGAGAAACUUGCAAAAAGGCAGAUAUGGCCACGACCGUGGAGAAAACAACUGAAAAUGCUGUUAACAAAAAAUAUGAUAAACAAUGUACUAUAAAUCCGCAUAUUCCAGCUAACCAAGGAGACACUUCAAAGUCAAAUGUUUCUGAUAUUUCACUCCGUCAUCUUUGCAAAGAGGAAUUCCCAAAAGGUCAAGGCAUUAACAGUGAAACUCUCCCAGAGAUCUCAAAUGCUGACGGUUUUGAUAAAGCUGUUAUUAAAAAUAUUAUUUUGCAGCAUGUGAAGAAUUCUUGGCUGACAGAACAAACCGCAGAACUCCCUGACCAACUCAACCCCCAAAGGGAUGGUGAGAACAGCCAUAAGCCCAGUUAUUCUCCAGCAAUACCAGAAGAAAACACUUCUGGUUCAGAAGAAUCAGUGGCUGCUGGAGAAAGCAGCCAUCAAGAAAAUUCAAAUUUUCUUACUAACAUCAAGAGUCCAUGUGAUAAACAAAAAAGUUGCCAAGGACAGAUACUCCAGAAACAGCAGGAUGAAAAAUCAAGUUCUGACAACAGGUGUAAAUAUGGCCAAGGUCAAGUUCAUUGCUGGUUCUCUGAUUUCUCUGCAGUGGCUCCCAAAGUAAAAAUUUCUAAAAAUAACAUAAUCGAUAAGCCACUUACAACAGAUAAACAAGCCAGUUUUUCUCCUAAAUUGAGAGAUGAGUCAGCUAUUGCGCAAGAUAUUUCAGAAAGUUUGUCUAGAUCAAAAUAUGCUGAAAAGCAAGAGCAGAAGUGGAAAACUACUGAACCUUCUCAACAGACAGAGAUGGCGCCCACAAGACACAUCUACCAAGAACAUCUCACAGGAAUAAAAUCUGAGACAAGUCUGUCUAAGUCGCCAUCAACUUCUCAGAAAAACCCUUCCUCAAGUUCUUGCAUAUUUCAAAAGAUAGCCCAAGGGAAACAGAUGUGUCAGAAGUUAAAAGAACAGACUGAUCAACUGAAGACCAAAGUAAAAGAAUUUUCCAAAAGCAUAGCACAGGACUCUCCCUAUCAUUUGCAAGACAAGAGAGUGGUCCUGGAGAAACUGCAGGGACAUCUUGAAGCACUGGAGCAGGAGUUUCUGGCCAACAAGGAGAAGCAUCUGACUUUGCAGGGGCAAGUCCACUGGCCUGAAUCCCCAGCUGUCGAUGACUUUGAUCCAGAAAGAAAACUGGAAGGUGAAAUCUUCAAGUUGGAGAUGCUACUUGAAGAUUUUAAAGAGAAGAUUAAUAAAGGCGAAUAUACUUCCUCUGUCUCUCUUCCUGCGAGUCUGCCAAUCAACCGGGAUGACCUGCCAGACUCAUCAUCUCUACCCUCAAAUGAGGAGGACCUCGACCGCGCCUCGGGAAGGCAGGACCGCGUAGGGACCCUCAGCGCAAGCUGUGCCUUCUGCCACCGGGUCCUGGAAUGGAAGCAAAACAUGGAGAAAAAAGGCUGCAGAGGCAUCAGCUGUGGAAGGUUUCCCAUUGCUAUGCAAGACAAGGCACUGCACCCAGACUCUGUUCUCGGUUCUGAUACAGGGCACAGCUGCUAUUCUGCUUCUGGGGCUGGAGUGCCGAGUAAUCAAUGUGAGAAGUGUGGCACCAAGAUUCAUAACUCCCGGAGGAUCCGUGGGAAAGACCCAGCUAAGGAAUUUCAUUAUAGAUACGACACCCCAAGACAGAACUACUUUAAUCAUAGGGAAAGAAGGUCCUUUGCCCAACUCCGCUUUUUACAUGAAAAUAGAAACUCUUCACCUUCUCAUUCACAACCAAAAUGGAUCUGUUCCCAAAGAGCAAAUUCAAAAUCCUCACUUGAUGCGUGCGAUCUCAUACCAGGAAAUUCAGACCUGGCUACAUGCUCACCCCCUUCCCAGUCCUGCAGGAUUUCUGGAAGCACAUCCUUAAGCAACUUUCGUGGUGUUGAGGAGAUGGAAUCUGAGAUUUUAAACUCAUCUUUGGAUCAUGCCCUAAGGACAGCAACCGUUUUGAAACAAACUACUGAUCAAAUGAUUAGAACUAUUGCAGAAGAUCUGGCCAAAGCGCAGAGAUGGAGGAACCGACUGAAAUACUAGUUUGACUCAAAGGCACCAAGGAUUUUUUUUUUUUUUUGAAUGCAGGGAAAGCUUGAUUAGGCAACUUAUGAAGAUGAGUUUCCAGAGAAAAACUCCUUUGUGAGGGACACAAAGUGCUUAAAUGAAGAAAAUGGACCCGUGAUUCUUAAAGAUCGAAAUCAACAUGUAUUUGUUUAAAAAUAAACCUGUCAUUCCUACCUCAUAAUAAGAUAAAUCAAAGCAAUAAAAUAUACUUUUACCUACGAGUAUGGCAAAUACUCAAGUUUGAAAAUCCCUGGCAGUGCCAGUGAGGAUUGGGGAGACAGGAACUCUCGGACUGCUGCUGGAAGUACAAAUUAGCGCCACCUUGUUACAAGGCACCUCGGUAACUGCCAUCAAAUGCUAUGAAUUCCAAGUGGCAAUUCCACUGCUAGGACUUUGCUUUUAAGUAACUCAUGCGACAGGAAGCAGUAUGCAGGUGAGGACGGCCCCCAAGUGGAGCUAAUCUAACACCCUAUGUGAUGAUACACAAGCAACAGCGGUCAUACUCUGCAGCCACGGAAAAGAAUGAGGUGUAUAAUCUGUAAGACUGUGAAAAAAAGCAAGAUGCCCAAUAAUGUAUAUAGUGUGACCUCAUCUGUUUUUCAAAGAGUCUACGUACUUUCCGGAAAGAUACACAAAACUAUUCAGUGGACCCCCAGGAAGUGGAAUUGGGAGUUUUGUGGGGAAGAGGGGGUCUUGACUUUUCAUUUACUUUCUGGACUGUAUGAAAUUUUUACGAUACACGUAUACAUUAUUUAAAGAUCUUCUGAAGUCAGAAAUACGGAAAAACAGUAGUCUUAAUGAAAUUGGGACCCAAGUGAAGACAAUUCGUUAAAACUGUGUGUAUUAAGUGCAUUAGCAUUUUGUGGAGAACAUAGGAACAUGCUUCUGAUAGGCUGGCUUAGGACUGCUGUGUGACCUCAACAACAGAGCAGCUGGUUGGUUACUGGCCCUGGUCCCUCUUUCCCGGGCCUCCAUUCACUCCUGUUCCAACAGAAGCUUCCCAAGCCCCAGAGCUCUGCUUAGCGGUAAGGGGAGUUGAAUCCAUUUCUGCUUUGAAGAUUUCUUUGGUGACCAAGGCAGCUGCGAUUUGUCUAGCUGGCUGGAGAGUGAGUUAUUUUUAACUUUGGGGCUUGGAAACUGGUUUAGGGUGCCUGGGAAGACAUAAAGCAGGGGCCAUUCAGAGGAUACCUCGGACUGCGUGGCAAAUUGUACUUUUAAGUUGUUGCUUUAUGAGGAAGAUAGUGAGGACUGGUAGCAGAUUUUUUUUUUUCUUUUGUCAUUUUAGGGCCACACCUGCAGCAUAUGUAGGUUCCCAGGCUAGGGGUCGAA